AUGUCUUCCUCGACUCUUAGGCGUCGAGCCAUCCCCCCCGACACCCACGUUGAUGGCGAGCCUGCAACACCUCGAGACGAAAGCCCCGAGAAAUCCGAGACCACAGCUCACGUCGUCCAGCACGUAAAACCCAAGACACGGAAACGUCGGAAUGGCGCCAUCUUCCUACUUGGAAGCUUGUUCGGAAUCAUAGCCGCCGGCUUCUUCGCAAAAAGCAACGACCUAAUAGAUUUCCCUGAGCUUGGAGACCUCAGCAUGGACAGCAUUUUCGAUGUUUUACCAGCCGGUUUGGUCAAGGAUAUGCGGGAGCUUGUGCAAGGCGAGCGGGAAUUCGUCGAUAGCUACGAUGCCUUUUCCGUAGGUUUACAGGCCCGCGCCGAGGGCCUCCAUGCCCAUCAUCCCAUGAUCAUGGUCCCUGGCGUAAUCUCAACCGGCCUUGAGUCGUGGGGCACAGCCAACGUUUCCCGUCAAUACUUCCGCAAACGCCUCUGGGGUAGUUGGAGCAUGAUGCGCGCGCUGGUCCUGGACAAGGAAAACUGGAAGAAACAUAUCAUGCUGGACCAGGACACCGGCCUUGAUCCCCCUCAUAUCAAGUUACGAGCUGCUCAAGGCUUUGACGCAACUGACUUCUUCAUCACCGGCUAUUGGAUCUGGAAUAAAAUUUUCGAAAAUCUGGCAUCUAUAGGCUACGACCCGACUAAUUCCUUCACCGCAGCCUAUGAUUGGCGUUUGGCGUACCCCAAUCUCGAAGCCCGCGACCAGUACUUUUCGAGGCUUAAGUCUUACAUUGAAACCGCGCAUGCGUUUUCGGGCAAGAAAGCUGUUCUCGUGUCCCACAGCAUGGGAGGGCAGGUCCUCUUCUACUUCUUCCACUGGGUCGCAUCCGAGAGCGGUGGGCGGGGUGGCGACGACUGGGUCGAGCAGCACGUCGAGGCGUGGAUCAACGUGAGUGGUUGCAUGCUAGGCGCUGUCAAGGACUUGACGGCUGUCUUGUCAGGUGAAAUGAGAGACACAGCUCAGCUCAACGCCUUUGCCGUGUACGGCCUCGAGAAGUUCUUGAGCAAAGAUGAAAGAGCUCAGCUCUUCCGUGCGAUGCCUGGCAUUUCGUCUAUGCUUCCCAUCGGGGGAGAUGCUGUUUGGGGUAAUUCGACAUGGGCUCCGGAUGACAAGCCAGACCAGGAAGUGUCUUACGGCUCUCUCCUCAAUUUCCGCAGCGGCAUGAAUUGGACUACUCCGGAUCGGAAUUUGACUGUCGAAUCGGCUAUGGACUACCUGUUCAACACGACCGAGGAGUGGUACUCGAGGAACGUGAAGGGAGCCUACUCUCAUGGCGUGGCACACACCCAAGCCGAGGUUGAUGCCAAUGAAAAAGACCCCAACAAGUGGAUCAACCCACUAGAAACACGUCUGCCGUUAGCACCGAGUCUCAAGAUCUACUGCUUUUAUGGCGUAGGCAAACCCACAGAGCGAGGCUAUUACUACCGGUCACCAGAGAUGCCAGCGGCUCUCACGAAUCUGAACAUCACGAUUGAUACGGCCCUCACGCAAGGAGAGGUGGAUCACGGUGUCGUCAUGGGAGAGGGCGACGGAACGGUGAACCUUCUCAGCACGGGAUACAUGUGUAACCGUGGGUGGAACUACAAGAGGUAUAACCCAGCCGGGGUCAAAGUAACCGUUGUCGAGAUGGAGCACGAACCCGAGCGAUUCAACCCCCGCGGCGGGCCCAAGACGGCAGACCACGUGGAUAUCCUCGGGCGGCAACAUCUGAACGAGCUCAUCUUGAGGAUUGCGGCAGGCAAGGGUAACACGAUUACAGACUACGUUGUCAGCAACAUUAAGGAGUACGCCGACAAGGUCAAAGUGUAUGAUAAUGGCCAAAGACCCGUUGAAGAGCAGGAUACAUGGGAGGAGACUUUGGAAAAACUGGUCGGCAACAGUUCAUGA